AAGCGUUUCCCUUCUCAUCUCCAUCUUGCAUCAACCUGUCCCAGUGUCUUGUCAUUGCGGCGGGGUGAUGGAUUGAUCCUCCGAACGAUUCUCAUUGCCUUUCCUACAGUGACACCCACUCGCUCCCGUUUCACUCACUCUGCGCUCUUCGGAUCACCAGAUCACAGAACUCGAAUCCAACAAUGACCAAGCUUGUGGCUGUUCUCAAGGGCGAUGGCGCCGUCAAGGGCACGGUCGUCUUCACUGACGAUGGCGCUGCCACCAAGGUUGAGGGAACCAUCGAGGGCCUCGCUCCCGGCAAGCACGGCUUCCACAUCCACGAGUUUGGCGACAACACCAACGGCUGCAUCAGCGCUGGUCCCCACUUCAACCCCGCUGGCAAGACCCACGGUGCCCCCGAAGACGAGGAGCGUCACGUUGGUGACCUCGGCAACGUCGAGGCUGGCGCCGAUGGCAUUGCCAAGUUCACCAUUACCGACAACCUCAUCCAGGUUUCGGGCGUCAACUCGAUCGUUGGUCGCUCCGUUGUGAUCCACGCCGACAUUGACGAUCUUGGCAAGGGCGGCCACGAGCUCUCCAAGACCACUGGCAACGCCGGCGGUCGCCUCGCCUGCGGCGUCAUUGGCGUUGCAAAGUAAUUCAGUUUCUUGCUGCGCAUUGCACCCGUUGAAGCAUCUGAGGCUGUGUCCGUCCUCUGCUUUUGUGUUUGCUUCGCUGCCCCCUUUCUCUCUCGCUCUGUUUGUGAAACAAAAACAAGUGGCCUCUUCCUGA